CGUCAUUUUUAAAAUAAUUUGUCAAAAUCUUUUAGUUUUUAGGAAGUGCUUGAGAAGUGCGGACGGUGAAUGUGUGCAAAAUAAGCCAAGAAAAGCGCUUCAAAACACAAUCAUUAAGUAAAACAUUUAAAAAAGAAGAAUUUGCGGAGACAACAAAGUGCUGUGCCCAAAAGGACAUCUUGCAGAAUUGCGUCCGGGAGUGUUUUAGGGGUUGUUUGAGGAUUGCGGUGCCCAGACAAGAACAGUGAAAGUGAAAGUGGCGGCUGGAGUUUGUUGUUCGCGUCGUACCCAAAAGUCCAUGCCUGGCAUCAGACAACAAAGCGCUACAGCGAUAGAAAGAAUCAAUAUAACGAAAUAAAAGUUCUUUAAAAAUUAAUUUUAAUAUAAAAGGAAAAGUAAAACAAAAAAGUUACGUUAGAGGGAAAAAAAGUGUGAACAGUUGCAGCAAGAAAAAAAUCUCUAGAGAAAGUAAAGGAGGAAUAAAACAAAAUAAUUUCUAUUAUAUAAAAUUCAUGUGUUGAAAGAAUAUAAAAGAGAGAAAAAGAAUUCUUUGAGAAUAUUUUUUUUUCGAAGAGGAAGAGAAAGCGAAGGAUUUCUGCAGUAGACGUCUCGGAAAAGAAAAAAAUAUUGGCAAAAGACAAAGGAAAGGUUGUGGUGGAAUAUAGGAAAAGGAGUUGUGUGAGCGUCUCUCAUAUCUAGUUUAUUCCACACAAACAAAUGAAUUGGCUUGUGACUGGUAAAAAUGGCAACAUCUCCAACACCAUCUCUGGAUUCAUUGCCAGGAGCAACUAAUUCCAUACGAUCCUUUGGUGAGCAAACUGAUUUCCUGUCGGAUUCCCCGCUGACGCUGAGUGGUUCAUCGCCAACGGUGUCGGAUUCGGCAAUUUGUGACGAUUUUCCGCUAAACGGUGUAGAAUCGUCCGCCCCGAGUUCCCAGACAGCAUCCUCGAGUGAACGUGUGGUCUACCCCCGAUGCACGGGGUGCAAGAGUAAGGAAUUGGAUGCUGUUGCCAAGUGUAUCGACUGUGCCAAUUAUUUGUGUUCCAAUUGUGUGACGGCACAUCAAUAUAUGCACUGCUUUAACGGACACAGCGUCUUCCGGAUUGGCAGUGACGGUCCCCUGCAAGCUACAACGUCACAGCAUCAGCCGCAAUUGCAGCAGCAAGUGGACAUUAUGAAUGGUUUCGAUUCGCAUCGGCUGGCGCUAAGUCUCAAGGAUGAGACGCUGCUCAAUAAGGCCAACAAUAUGACAUCGCUCCUCAGUGGGGCCAGCACCAAUCCCACCGCAACGGUUACAAGUGGACUAAGCUCCCUGUUGGGGGACAAUGGGGGACUUCUUGGUGCCACAACGUCCGCCACAAUGCCCACAAAGGCCACCAAUUCGUACUUUUGUCCGCGUCACAAGAAUGAAUUGCUCAAAUUCUACUGUCGCACAUGCAGCGUAACAGUGUGCAAGGAUUGCAUUGUAGCCGAUCACCCGAGUGGUCUGCACGACUGUGAGCACGUGAAUGAUGGCACACCCAAGCAAAUUGAGAGCCUACUGCAACUUGUAGCUGAUGUCCGGGGCAAGGCGACAGACAUGAGAGCCAUGGUGAAGAGUGCUGAGCACAAUACAGCACGGAUUCAGGUGCAGUACCACAAGGCACAGACAGAAAUUAAUGAGACACACAACUUCUAUCGCUCCCUCCUCGAUGAUCGCAAGCAGGAUCUUCUCAAGGAACUCGAGAGCUUCUACAAUGCCAAGACACUGUCGCAAUCUGUACUGGUGACAAAAUCCCAGGAGCACAUUGAUAAAGUUCUGCAGAGCUGUGAAUUCGUCGAGAGAUUGACCAAGCAUGCAGGACUAGCAGAGACGAUAAUGCUGCGCAAAUUAAUGGAGAAUAAACUUCAAUCAUUUAUGGGAUACAUUCAGGAUUUACAGUCGACCUAUGAAUUGGAAUUUGUCUCCAACUACCAAGCAAUUCAGGUCGGAGUUCGCAAUACAUUUGGUUACAUUCGCUCGAGUUCUGAAGCACCAACAAAACAACCACCAAUUGCACGUCCCACAAGCAAUAGUAUCCUCACAAAUGGGAGCUCACCCACAUCGAGCACGGGGAGUCUCAAUGUCAACAUUCAACCACAGACGACGGGUCAUAUUCUUACAAAUGGAUGUCAUGCCAUUGAGCGGCCCUUCUCAAAUGGUGGUACAACCUCAAUUAUUCAGGCAUCCACGCAGCCCCAGACGCAAUCGAGUAUGUCCUUUGACUCCACAAUAAUCUCCAAGCGCUUCAAUUCGGUCAAUAGUCUCGGCCCAUUUGUGGGUGAUGUGAAUAUUCAGGUGAACCCAUAUGAGAAAUGGAGCAAUGGGGGGUCAGACAAUAUUUUCAAUAGUCUGUCGGAUCAGUACACCAUCCCAUUGGCACCGAGUCAGAAUGCAACAGAUAGUGUCAUCGAUCUCACGUCCAAAUUGAUGUCGACGAGUAUUUUUCCGCCAAAGUCUCAGAUAAAGCGGCAAAAGAUGAUUUAUCAUUGCAAAUUUGGGGAAUUUGGUGUGAUGGAGGGGCAAUUCACGGAGCCCAGUGGUGUGGCGGUGAAUGCACAAAAUGACAUAAUUGUGGCAGAUACGAAUAAUCAUCGUAUACAGAUUUUUGACAAGGAGGGACGCUUUAAGUUUCAAUUUGGUGAAUGCGGAAAGCGCGAUGGGCAACUUCUCUAUCCCAAUCGUGUUGCCGUUGUGCGCACAUCUGGGGAUAUAAUUGUCACGGAACGUUCGCCGACGCAUCAAAUACAGAUCUACAAUCAAUAUGGGCAGUUUGUGCGGAAGUUUGGGGCGAAUAUACUGCAACAUCCACGCGGUGUGACGGUGGACAACAAGGGGCGCAUCAUUGUGGUUGAAUGCAAGGUGAUGCGUGUGAUUAUCUUUGAUCAAUCUGGGAAUGUUUUGCAGAAAUUUGGGUGCAGUAAGCACUUGGAAUUCCCCAAUGGGGUUGUUGUGAAUGAUAAGCAGGAGAUUUUUAUAAGUGACAAUCGUGCCCAUUGCGUCAAGGUAUUCAACUACGAGGGUGUGUUUCUGCGUCAAAUUGGUGGGGAGGGUAUUACAAACUACCCCAUUGGCGUGGGUAUUAAUGCCGCUGGGGAGAUUCUCAUUGCGGACAAUCACAACAAUUUCAAUUUAACAAUUUUCACGCAAGACGGGCAACUUGUGUCGGCGCUCGAGAGUAAAGUUAAGCAUGCUCAGUGCUUUGAUGUUGCCCUCAUGGAUGAUGGGAGUGUCGUGCUGGCCAGCAAGGAUUACCGCCUCUACAUCUACCGGUACGUACAAGUUCCGCCGCUAGGGCUCUAGGACAAACUCCCACGGCGAGCAAAACGAACCACCGUAGCUCAUGACGUGUAUCCUUUCAAGUGAAGGAAGUAAAACCUCUCACUCUCUCUCUUAAACAAUGAAGACGCAACACGAAUUGCGUCCUCCCCAGUGACUCUCUUUUGUAUCUUCAAAUUCGUAAAUUCCAGUUUUUAUUGCAAAAAAAAAAAGAAUUUUAUUUUCUGUUGUUUUUUUUAUAAUAAUUUUAUUUAAUACAAAAAAUGAAUUAAAAAAAGUUUGAAAAAAGAAACUCCAAAAUCAACGAUGGAGAGGUAUAAAAAAACAUUGUAAGACAAGUUGUGUAUUAAAAAAAAGAAGAAGUUAUGUUUUAUUCUCAAAGUCUAAAAUUUAAUGAGCAAAGAAAAUCCCCAAUUCGGAGGCACACACGCGCCAAGGAAUCCUUCGAAGUUUGCAAAGCAUUACGUGGUAAAUGAAAAAUUGAAGCAAGUAAAAGAACUUGAGAUAAAAAAAAGAAACAAGUCUACAAAUCAAUAUAUUUUUGUACUUUUCAUAGUGAAACAAUUUUCUAAAGGCAAAAAAAAAAUUUAACCAAACUAAACUUUAUCAAAAAUGAGGAGGAAAUGAAUACACAAACUAUUCUUACUUGUGUAAAACUUUCAUUAUAGUAGAUUGUAGGAUUUAUUGUAAAGUUGUGUGUCUCUUUUACACUGAAAAAAAAAACUUAACACAAAGUGAAGGUAAAACACUUCUAUCGGACUGAAUUCACGCCUAUCUCUCUAUUUAUCUCAUGAAGUGUCUGUGUGUGUAUAGGAUAAGGGAAGAAGGAUGCUAAUGGACAGACACUGUGGCUAUGAUUGGGGCUUUCUAGGGACCCCUUAGGUUUAACCACCCCAAGACAGCCGUUUAAAACCCAAAAACAAACCCCCAGGCAAAGUGCCACAGCGUUUUAAUGCAAUCCAACAAACGAAGGAUCAAAUAAAAA